AAUGGCCGACGAAAUAAGAAUGUCUGACAUAACAUUUUCCGAUCCUUCAAGUUAUGAUGGCGGUUUAACAAAUUUAUCGCACAAAAAAGAUGAUUAUCUCUCUCCUCAACAAGCAAUACAAUCAUCAUCUUCAACGCCAGGCAAAAGUGGAAAUAAAAUUGGACAUAGACGAAUAGACAAACAAGGGGAAGUUAGUUAUAAAAGAGUACCUACAAAUGCUUUAAUGGGUGCUAUACAAUUGGGAAUUGCAAAUUCUGUUGGUUCUUUAGCUGGAAAACCUCGAAGAGAUAUUUUGGUACAAGAUUUUGAGGUUAUCGAAUCUGUGACUUUUCCUACGCUCGAACUUUCAAUUUGUCCAUAUCACAUUUUCCCGUUAUUUUUUAGGGCUUUCAACGCUUUUAGGCGUUUUCAAUUAGAGUCCCUUUUAAUUAAGUUUUAUAUAAAUUUUUUAAUUUCCAGUGAUGGCUCUCAAAUGACACCUUCACAUCAAUAUGGCGAUUUCCGUUUCAAAUCCUAUGCACCAAUUGCCUUUCGAUAUUUUCGCGAGCUUUUUAACAUUAAACCUGCCGAUUUUUUGAAAUCUCUCUGUACAUUACCUCUACGAGAAUUAAGCAAUCCAGGUGCCAGUGGUUCAAUUUUCUAUGUUUCAACAGAUGAUAAAUUUAUAAUAAAAACUGUUCAACACAAAGAAGCUGAAUUUUUAAGAAAAUUACUUCCCGGUUAUUAUAUGAAUUUACAUCAAAAUCCUCGAACUUUAUUGCCCAAAUUCUUUGGUCUUUUUUGUUAUCAGAGUCUUGGAAAGAAUAUCCGUUUAUUAGUUAUGAAUAAUUUAUUACCUCAAUCAGUUGAAAUGCACCAUAAAUUUGAUUUGAAAGGUUCAACAUAUAAAAGACACGCAUCAAAAAGUGAAAGGGAAAAGCGUAGUCCAACAUUAAAAGAUUUGGAUUUUAAUGCAGAAUUUACUGAUGGAAUUAUGUUGGAUGCACAUAUUUACGAUAUUCUUGUUGAUGUAAUUAAAAGAGAUUGUUUUGUUUUGGAAAGUUUCAAAAUUAUGGAUUAUAGUAUGUUAAUGGGAGUACAUAAUAUUGAUGCACAACAACAUGCUUCAAAUCAUAAUAGAUUACCUGCUGCUUGGGAUGCUGAAGAAGCAGCGAUUGCAGAAACUUGGCGUUCUUUACAAUUGGAUUAUAGUACUACUAGAGGGCCACAAGAUGAUGGUGGUGUACCUGCAAAAAAUGCAAAAGGUGAACGUCUACUCCUCUACCUUGGAAUAAUUGAUAUUUUACAAAAUUAUCGGCUAUUUAAAAAAUUAGAACAUACAUUUAAAAGUGUUCUACAUGAUGGGGAAACUAUUUCUGUUACAAAUCCUGGUUUCUAUGCAAAUCGUUUCACUUCAUAUAUUUCUACAAUUGUUUUUAGAAGAGUACAAGAUAGUACAGGACAAACUUCAAGACAUCCAGCUAGCAAUAAAUUCCGUUCACUUGUUCAUUCUUAUAUUGCAAUGAAAUCUACCCCAGUACGUAUACACACAACUCCCCAACAACAACAGCAGCUCCAAAAUCGUCGUGUUGUUUCUACUUCUGAAUAUAUAGACAAUAUUGAUUUAAAUAAUCAACAACAACAACUUAAUAUUAGCAUUACCCCUUCAUCAAAUGCUGUAAAAGAAAGAUUUCCUUCAUUUAUUGAACAACGAGAUAUUAAGAAUAGACGUUCUUAUACAAUGAUUAAAACAUCUCAUCUUGGAGUUGGAGCUAGUGGAGUUGGGAAUGAAUUUGAGUAAGUUUUUUUAUUUCUUUUGCUUGAAGUGAUAAUUAACGAAGAAGGAAGAUGUGGGGUAGAGUAGUUUAUUAAGUCUGAACCUUCUUU